CUCAGCCACAAGCAGCAAAAUGAGGCAGAGAUGGCCAAUAAAACCGUGACCGGUGAAGGACCCUUAAAAUGGGAGCUGUUGCGCCAGCCAAUGUGCCUCUCUGACUUCUUGCGAUCCGCAAGGCCGGGAAAUCUUUGCCUCCACAAUCAGUCAACAGCGCCGACAACUAUUUGGGUUCUACAAAUGUCUCAUUUUGAUGAAUGGAUCGAAAAAUGCUCAGCGGAGGUUAAAAUAAACGAGGCCGCCCGGACAAGAGCAAAGAGGGGGCCACCGCCACCAAUGUCAAGCCCGCGAUCUGGCCGCAUUGCUGGAGGCGCAGCUUCAGAAAGUGGCGGCGAAAGGCGCGUUGACACGGAUAUCAAGAGGUGGUUAAUUCCCACGUCUGAACCUGAGCCUCUAGAAAUGAACGCGGCCAAAGUGGAGGAGUCGGCGGAGCUUCAAAGGGGCAAGAGUGACAAUGGAAAGCCGGAUGAGGCAACAAGAAGCAGCAAGUAUGUAAUCACAAUAGAUGAGAAAGCAGAGGAAAACAAAUAACAAGAAUAAGAGAAAUAGUUCGGAAAUGAUAUAUUGCUGUAAUUCGAUGCGAAACGUGGCAAACAGCGGAUGAUCUGUGAGGACAAAAGACAGCGAGUCAUGGCGUGUUAUCGGUACAACUGACUGCAUAUGCAGCCAUCGCUUCAACAAAUAAUAGCCUAUGAUUGCAGUAAUGCUAUCUUUUAUUAAUAUUUGUUACAAAGCUCGAUACAAGUCUGUAUUUGAGAUGAUUGGCUUACAUGAGAGGCGUGGCAGAACAAAAUGAGGCUAAGGCACGCAGCUGCCUGCUGCAGUAACAAAAUACAAUCAGUCAAG